GCAAUUGUUGGCCAUGUUGCUGUAUUUAUGUUUGUUCCAAAUGCAUCAUGGGAAACGUGUCUCCUGUUGCUUUCCUAUGUUCUUUUUUCUUUUUUUUCCUCCCUUCAUUUUAUAGCGAGAACAACGCUUUAGAGACUCAAGAAUACAUUCCCAUUUUGAGCUGCAAUCUUUCUCGAAGUUUUCAAAGGUGAUCUUUAGUAGACAUGGCCCGUACCAAGCAGACUGCCCGUAAGUCCACUGGAGGCAAAGCCCCACGUAAGCAGCUGGCCACAAAGGCUGCUCGCAAGAGUGCCCCGUCCACUGGUGGAGUCAAGAAGCCCCAUCGCUACAGGCCUGGUACGGUGGCUCUGCGUGAGAUCCGUCGUUAUCAGAAGUCCACUGAGCUGCUGAUCCGCAAGCUGCCCUUCCAGCGCCUGGUGAGAGAAAUCGCCCAGGACUUCAAGACUGAUCUGCGUUUCCAGAGUGCAGCCAUCGGAGCUCUGCAGGAGGCCAGCGAGGCCUACCUGGUGGGUCUGUUUGAGGACACCAACCUGUGCGCCAUCCACGCCAAACGUGUCACCAUCAUGCCCAAAGACAUC